AUGUGCGAAAAUCAGAAACAGACUGGUUUCGUUCAAGAUGGCUCAUUCGCAGAGUACUUUAUAGCGGAUGAGAGAUUUGCUGCAAAAAUUCCGAGUGGCGUGAGCGAUGCAGAAGCAGCGCCAGUUCUCUGUGCUGGAGUAACUUCCUAUAAAGCCUUGCGCAUGGCCAAUGCUCCAGCCGGAGCUCGCAUUGUGAUUGCUGGUGCUUGUGGUGGUUUAGGCCAUCUGGCUAUUCAAUAUGCUAAAGCCAUGGGUUAUGAAGUCAUUGCUCUCGAUGUUUUUGACGAAGCUAAAGAAGUCAUGACCAAAGAGCUUGGUGCCGAUUUUAUCAUCAAUCUUGGAGGCGAGAAAAA